AUGGUUGACUAUCAAGGAAAAAAUGUAAUAAUGGAACAAGUUUCUAAUUCAGCCAACACACCAACCGAUCACAAUAAUUUAAUUGUCAAUUACUUACCGGAUACUAUGACUCAAACAGAUUUACAAAAAAUGUUUGAAAGUUUUGGAGAAAUAGAAAGUUGCAAAUUAAUUAUGAAUAAGGUGUCUGGGCAUUCUAUGGGAUAUGGAUUUGUUAAAUUCAAAAAUCACAAAGAUGCUCAAAACGCUUUAAGCAAUUUGGACGGACUCUUACUUCAACAUAAAAAAAUAAAAGUUUCUUUUGCAAGACCUGCCAACGAACCCAUAAAAACGGCAAACGUGUAUGUGUCCGGUUUAAAAAACACUAUCACGGAAGCGGAUCUUAUCAAUAUGUUUAGCAAAUACGGUAAAGUACUCACUGUAAAAGUUAUGAAUAAUAAUGGAGACGGUAGAAAAGCAAUGGCGAUAGGAUUCGUUCGAUUCGAAAAACAUCAGUGCGCGGAAAACGCAAUACAAAAUUUAGAUCAGACGAAGCCUUUAGAAAAUCCAACUCCUAUACACGUGAGUUUUGCGAGGCAAUCAAAGGAAAGUGCCAAUUCGUCGCCCGGAUGUAUUAGUUCUGUGGGAACGAUGCCUUUUUCCGGUUAUGGUAAUACCGGAAUGUUAAACAAUGCCAUUUCAAAAACUCUUUUACCUUUUCCUGGAGCUAAAUUCCCACAUAAUUUAGGUAAAUCUCCCACUUUCACUGCAAAAAACCUAAGAUUUGAUCCUUUAGGAAAAAAUGCAUCUCCCGGAUUUAGAAAUAUCACAGAUGGAAUUUUUCAAAUAAACGAUCCCAUGUACAGACCUCCUGCCGAUGGAAAGGGUUACGUAAUUUUUGUUUUCAAUCUUAGCCCGGAUGUUCAGGAAGUUCAAUUAUGGAGAUUAUUCGGUCCUUUUGGUGCUAUUACGGAAAUCAAAAUAGUACAAGACAAGGAAACGAAAAAAAGCAAAGGUUUUGCUUUUGUUACCAUGCCAAAUUACAGAGAAGCUGAAGCAGCUAUAAGAACUCUUAAUUUAUCUACAUUUGAAGGAAAAGUUCUUCAAGUAUCAUUUAAAAAAGAAAGAGGACAUAAUUAA